UAUGAUCCCACCUGCAAGUCUCCCAGGGAGGCAGUUUCUAUGGCCAGGUGAUGUUCCAAGGAGGCUGUAAUUUCAUAAACCUACCAAGAAGAUUGACGUGGGAGGCUCCUUAAUUUAAGUCCUGGAAGGCUUUUUCUAUUUUCUUUGGGAAGUGUGUGAAUAAUUGCAGUGCGGCUUUGCGUCCAAAACUGGACAGUGAAUCAAACAACAACGUCGACAACAACAGCUCUUAUCCGGGCCACCAUGGAGUUUCUUGAAAGAACUUCCCUGGUGAAUGACAAAGCCCCUAAGAUGUACGCCUUCACACUAGACAGUGCGGAACUCCAACAGAAACCUGUGAAUAAAGAUCAAUGUCCUGGAGAGAAGCCAGAGGCACCUGAGGCAGGAGGCAUUUAUCACUGCCACAGCAACUCCAAGGCCACGGAGAGCAGGGUGAAGGAGCAAGCGCACGCCAAGUGGAAACUCUGCGCGGCCUCGGCAAUAUGCUUCAUCUUCAUGAUUGCGGAGUUCGUGGGUGGGCACAUUGCUGGGAGUCUUGCUGUCGUCACGGAUGCUGCCCAUCUCUUAAUUGACCUGACCAGUUUCCUGCUCAGUCUCUUUUCCUUGUGGUUGUCAUCAAGGCCCCCCUCUAAGCAGCUGACGUUUGGGUGGCAUCGAGCAGAGAUCCUUGGUGCCCUGCUGUCUAUCCUUUGCAUCUGGGUGGUGACUGGUGUGCUGGUGUACCUAGCCUGUGAGCGCCUGCUGUACACUGACUACCAGAUCCAGGCGACCGUGAUGAUCGUCGUUUCGGGCUGCGCAGUUGUGGCCAAUAUUAUACUAGCUGUGGUUUUGCACCAGAGACACCUUGUCCACAAUCACAAUGAAGUACAAGCUAAUGCCAGUGUCAGAGCAGCUUUUGUGCAUGCCCUUGGAGAUGUAUUUCAGAGCAUCAGUGUGUUAAUCAGUGCUCUUAUUAUCUACUUUAAGCCAGACUACAAAAUAGCUGACCCAAUCUGCACAUUUAUCUUCUCCAUUCUGGUGCUGGCCAGCACUGUCAUGAUCUUAAAGGACUUCUUCAUCUUACUUAUGGAAGGUGUACCAAAGGACCUGAAUUACAAUGUUGUGAAAGAGCUCAUCCUGGCAGUCGAUGGCGUUGUCUCUGUGCACAGCCUGCACAUCUGGUCUCUAACAACGAACCAAGUGAUUCUCUCUGUUCAUGUUGCCACAGCAGCCAGCCGGGACAGCCAGAUUGUCCAGAGAGGAAUUGCUAGAGCUCUCAGCAAUAGCUUUCCUGUGCAUUCACUCACGAUUCAGGUGGAGUCUCCAGUCGACCAGGACCCUGCCUGCCUUUUCUGUGAAGACCCUCGGGACUAAUUCAGUCACACUGUCAGCUUCCUCUGUUUGAUAGACCACAACAUGCUGAAACAUCAGAAAUAAGUAACCAAAGGAAGAAUUUUGAGAAAGUCACGAUACAGUGUAAUGCACGUUUUAUUCUGAAGAUGCAUAUAGAUCCAUCCGUCAAUUGGCUUUUAUACUCACGAGUAGCAGUGUUCAAUUAUAGGAAGGGUGUAAAGGUUAUUCUUAACUGGCACCAAGAUAACAGCUGUUUGUAACCACUGGCAAUAAAAGUUUUACCUCCCUCCAAUAAAGCAUCCUGAAAAUGAGUAGGUAAAUAUGAAUUGAAGAAAAUCUUAUCUCUUCAGUGGAAGAGACAAAUAGCCACAAAAUUCCCCCCAAACCUCAGGGGUAAAAGGGAAUCUAGAGUCAUUAGAAUUUGAUUUGUCCAUCAUCCUUAGCUAAGAUGACCUGGGCAAACAUCUUCUGCUCCCAUCAACAUCACAACUAAAUGGGGUAGAAAUUCCCUCUGUCUGUUAGUCUUGGAUACAAAUUAUGUUGUUAUGUGUCUGAAACUGUUGAAUUGUAUUUUACUUUUCUGCAUAGAAGUCCUGGGCAAAAGAAAAAUUGUGAAAUUACUGAUUUUUGAGUGUUUUCAUGUCGUAUGACUUAAUAAUGCAAGAAAAUGAGGAGACACAGAGAGGGAGAGUACUUGCCCAGGUCACAUGGAAGGUAAUUUGGUUAAGAAUUAAGAUCAUAACUUUCAGAUUUUGAAAAAUAUUGAUGGACUGCUAACUAUUAUUCAAUUAUUAUAUGAACUAUUUAGAUAUAUGUAUGUCCAUUGUUAAUUUUUUCCUAACAAUAAUUUUGACAAGUUGGAAUAAAUGCCAUUAUUGUAUUAAAAAGACACAAGACUCAAAAAUGUUAAGCAACUUUCUAAUGUUAUUUAUGCAUUCAUUCAAAAAAUAGUUUUUUUAUGUUUGCUAUGAGCUGAGACAUUGGUGAAUGUCUGUUUUCUAUUGCUAUAACUAAAUUACACAGACUGGGUAGUUUAUAGAGAUAAGAGAUUUAUAUGAUUCACGGCUCUGAAGACAGGGAAGUUUGAAGUCGGGUGAGUACAUAUGGUGAGAUCCUUCUGCUGGCAGGAGCUCUCUGCAGAGUCCCAAGGCAAUAAGGGCAUCACAAUGGAGAGGUGAUGAGCCUCCUAGCUCUGCUCUCUUCUCCUCUUAUAAAGUCAUAGUCUCAUUAGAUUAGGGUUCCACAUGUCUGGUCUCAUUUUAACCUUAAUUCUCUCCCAAAAGUUUCACCUCUAAAUACCACGGUUGGAUUAAGAUCUCACAAGAAGGAUUCAACUUCAACAAGAGUUUCGGUGGGGGCUGUUCAAACAUAGCUGUGACUUUUGCCCUCAAACAAUUCUUUUUCUUUUGUGGGGGAGAUAGCCAUUGCAUGGAUAAACACACCCAGGAGCAUAUUACAGGGAGCUGCAAUGAAAUGAAAGAAGAGAGAAUUAUGUAGAUUGAGGAAAGUCAACAGUUUCUCUGAGGAAAUAGCAUCUAAAUUGAGAGCUGAAUAAAAAACAUAGGUACUAUUAAAGUCAAUUAUAAGAGGAAACAUGUUCUAGAAGAAGAAAGAUAUGAACAGACCCCCUGAAGAACUUGGUGCAUUGUGGACCUGAGAAAGGCCCUUGUAGCCAAAGGGUACACUAGAGAAGGGAGUGAGUUAAAAAAAAAAACAUGAAGGACAUGAAGCAGGAGAGAUAAGUAAGGCCAGGUCAGAAAGUGGCUGGAUCUAUUUUGUCCUAAAGCCCAUCCAUACUUUCUUUGAACACUUUUUUUCUGUUUUUGUUUUGUUUUGUUUCCGACCUAUAAAUCGAUGCCAACAAUUAGUCAUUGCUUCAGAAGUGCGUGAAAAAUAUGUAUGAUUGUACAUUCUUCAAAAGGAUGGGAUAAAUAAAAUGUUAAAUGUACAAGCUAA